GUGAAUAACUUUCUUAUGACUGGACCAAAGGCGUUCUUGACCUACGCAAGCAGUGUGCAAUCUGGCGCACAAAGCGGUAUCAAAGAGUGCAAGCACCAGUUUGCUUUGGAUAGGUGGAAUUGCCCAGAAAGUACGCUGCAGUUAUCUACACACAACGGCCUCCGCUCAGCGACGAAGGAGACAUCAUUUGUCCACGCCAUCAGCGCAGCUGGAGUCAUGUACACCCUGACCAAGAACUGCAGCAUGGGAGACUUUGACAACUGCGGCUGCGAUGAUUCAAGGAUCGGGCAAGCAGGAGGCAAAGGGUGGAUAUGGGGAGGAUGCAGUGACAAUGUGGAGUUUGGAGAGAAGAUUUCUAAACAGUUUGUAGACGCACUGGAAGAUGGGCAUGAUUCACGCGCAGCUGUCAACUUGCACAACAACGAGGCAGGCAGACUGGCAAUUAAGGCCACAAUGAGGAAAGCUUGUAAGUGCCACGGCGUCUCUGGAAGUUGUAGUAUUCAAACUUGCUGGAUGCAACUGGCCGAUUUCAGAGAGGUCGGUAAUUACCUGAAGCAGAAGCACGAGCAGGCCAAGAAACUGGAGAUGGACAAGAAGCCUGCGAGAGUUGGAAACAGUGCGGUUCAUCGCGGAGCUCGGGCGCUCACUCUGGGGGGCAUCGCCAAAACAGAGCUCAUCUUCCUGGAGGAUUCUCCUGAUUACUGCGUCCAGAACCAGAGUCUGGGAUUCCAGGGCACCGAGGGCCGGGAGUGUGUGAAGAGUGGAAAGAACGCAUGGGAGAAAAAGAGCUGCCGCAGACUGUGCUAUGACUGUGGCCUGAGAGUGGUGGAGAAGCGCAUCGAGGUGGUCAGCAGCUGCAACUGUAAAUUCCACUGGUGCUGCACAGUCAAGUGUCAAAGGUGUACACAAGUUGUAACUAAAUAUUACUGUGCGCGUAAACACGGGAGGAAACCACAGAGCAAAUCCAAGCGCAAGCAUCUGCGCCGUCCCUGA